UCGAAGAUGGCGGCCGAACUGGUGGAAGCGAUGAACAUGGUCAAAAGUUUCCGGGUCUCAGACCUGCAGACGCUGCUGGCCUCCAUGGGUCGCAGCAAAAGUGGGCUGAAGCAAGACCUGGUGGGGCGCGCAUUGAGGCUGGUGCAGACCGAAUACAGCCCGGAGCUUCUGAAGAACGUCAGGCAGCUCUACGAGUCGCGUUUCCCCAAAACAUCUGGCUGGCUUGCAGCACGGCGUCCAGAGGGCGUCCCAGUUGCCUACUCACCCAUCAGCUCCUCCCCCACUGCCACCUCUCAGGGCGCAGACUACCUCAAUGGCAUCUCCAAACCGAUCCCCACACCUGCAGCAGAGGUCAAGCUGGUGCCACUGCCCUUCUACCAAACUCUGGAGACCCUGUUGCCACCAACAGAGCUUAUUGCCCAGAACAAUGAGAAACUGCAGGACAGUCAAUGCAUAUUUGAGUUAACACCAAACCAAGCAGACCAGAUCAGAAAUGCAAGCGAGCUUCGUCCAGGAAUCAGAUCAAUCCAAGUGGUUCUUAGAAUUUGUUACACAGACUCCAUUGGUGUCCAGGAGGACCAGUAUCCUCCCAACAUUGCGGUCAAGGUUAACCAGUCCUACUGUCAUGUGCCGGGAUAUUACCCCUCUAAUAAGCCUGGUGUCGAACCCCGUCGUCCUUGUCGACCUGUUAACAUCACUCCCUGGUUGCAUCUUUCCAGUGUCACCAACAGAGUCACCAUCACCUGGGGAAACUUUGGCAAGCGGUACUCGGUUGCCGUGUAUUUAGUGAGGGUCUUCACUGCAGCAGACCUCUUCAGCCAACUCAAACUCUGCUCUGUUGAGAGUGCAGAGCGCUGUCGCGAACGCAUCCAAGACAAACUACGUUUUGACCCGGAAAGUGAAAUUGCGACCACAGGCCUUCGGGUUUCUCUCAUCUGUCCAUUGGUGAAGAUGCGGCUCGGUGUGCCAUGUCGAGUUUUAACUUGUGCCCAUCUUCAGUGUUUCGACGCAGUCUUCUUCCUGCAGAUGAACGAGAAGAAGCCCACGUGGACUUGCCCUGUUUGUGACAAGCCUGCUCCCUUUGAGCUGCUUACAAUUGAUGGGCUGCUAUCUGAGAUUCUCAAGGAGACAAGUGAGGACAUUGAGGAGAUUGAAUACUUAACUGACGGCUCCUGGCGACCCAUCAGAGAUGAUAAGGAGAGGGACAGGGAAAGAGAACGCAGCAACACACCAGAGUAUCCUGUUGUUGAUAUAUGCAUUCCUGAGGCAAACGGUCAUUCACCGGCCCACAGCAGCACCAGCCUGACGGGCAAAUCUGGAAGCGGUUCCGUGGGGAUGGCAGGAGUCACAGGAGGACCUGCUGUGGCACCAGGAGGAGGUGCAGUGGUAGAUCUGACUCUUGACUCCUCCUCUGAGGAGGAAGGGGGUGGGGCAGGAGGAGACAGUGAGGACACAGAGGACAGCGCUGACAGUCCUGCCCCAAAGAGGGGCCGAUACAACUACGACAAGGACCUGGUCACUGCCUACUGACCCCGCAGCUCUGUCCCCUCAUAGACUGACACACACACACAGACAGAGAGGCAGGGGGCUAAAAACUUGAGGACAGGAACACAGCAAUCCACUAGAUGCAACGACCCUCCCUUAUUCCCAAACAUCAGAGCCUUUUAGGAGCUCUGGUUUAUAUCCAGACAAAACAAACACACACUCAAACAUGCACUGUUAAUGAAUCUUCAAUCUAGAGUGAUUAGGAUUCCUGUUUGUACUGUACACCACUGGAAACAACUCUUAUCUCUUUUUGGCCAACCGUCACCUUGCAGUGAAUAUCUGUACCGUCCUGCCUCUAUUAAAGAAACUGAAUGGAUCGAGCACCCCAACACCACCACCACAACCACCACCACCCCCUUUUCUCCUCUCUCUCCUGACGAUUUCCUCUCUACCACCCUGUCUCUCUUUGUAUUUGACUUGGGAUUACAGGCUCUUUUAGCCAUGGGCGUUCAAUGUUUGCGUCUGAUUUUUUUUUUGUCACAUUUGUGAUGAACAGGCAAGUUGAAAAUGGUGGCUCCUCAGUAGUUUUUGGUAAAAGGUCAAAAACGACUAAUGAAAAAGAGCAUGAAUGACUUCGGGGAGGCAAAUGCAGAGGUAUGUGGAGUGUGAUGCAAAUUAAAACCUCUCCUAUUGUGUUAUUGUUUCUUUGUUUAGAGAAUGAAUUCAAAGCUUGAAAAGGUGUUUUCAGGAAUUUAUCCUUUUAAUUAUGAAAGAGCAGAACACAAUACUGGCCUCAAUGUGUAAUGCUUUCCAUUUUUAUUUUGUCCUUAGAUAAGAGAACCUACCUCAGUCACAAAAACUUAGCAGACUGACCAGAGAAUAGCUAAGAAAGAAGCAGAGGACAGAAGAAUUGAUGAGUCUUUCUGAAGCCAAUUUUACACUGGAGAUUUUGUUUUCCUACAUUUUUUGUUUUUUAUUUUUUAAUUCCAUCAUUCAUGCAGCUCUGUUUCCUCUGCAGCAACAACAUCUUUGUUGAAGGACAAAUUAGUUUGUGGUUAACCAAGCUGACUGUAGGUGUUGGUGAUGGGUGGAACUGUGCCACUGUAAAGCAUUUCUGCAGUUAUUGUGCUGUAACAGGAUUUAUUGGAAAUGAUCUAGCGGCAUUUAACAGACAUAGCAGACCUAACUCAUCAAAAUUACUGUACGGCAGUGGUGCCAAAGCAGAUGCAUUUAAAGAAUUCCCUGACAGGAAAUGGUUACAAGAUUUUGGUGCCUUUUGUUUGUUUGUUUGUUUGUUUUAGAGGUUAAGACUGGAGCCCAUUGUUUUUAUUUCUAGUUGAGCUGGCCAGCAGAUGAGACCCCAGUCUGAGAGGUGUUCUGUUUCAUUUAUGUUUUCCUUAGACAUUUCCAGUUUGAGCAAUGGACAGUGAGAAACAGAAAAAAUUAGAGCUACAGGGCAGUCAUAGAACAAGAUUCAGAAGUGCUGUCCUCCUUUUCUCCCUCAUUUUGGCAUUGUUCUCUGCAAGGAUAAUAUUUAUUACGUUGCUUCGUGCUCUCUUAACAAUUAUUUGUAAUAAAUCUACAUAAUAUUUGGCUGUAGUUCUUGUACAGACAGGAGCUUGUGGUUGCGGAAAGCAGGACACCUCUGCUGCUGUGGUUUAGGUGUUGACAUAAAUUUCAUCCAGGCUCAUGGCUGUGCUGUUGAUGAACGCUCCUUUUCUUUUCCUGUGAGUGAAUCCAACCUGGGUCGAAGAAGCACUCACUGUAUUUUGGCACGGUGGGUUCAACAUGUCUGACGCAACGAAACUUAAUGAAGUGUCAGUAAGUGAAACCCCACCAAGCUUAAAGUCAUUGAUUGGAUUACAAAUUGUCCUGUCUGGAACAAGUGCAGCUGCUUUAACCAACAAUCCCCCUCGGCCUCCUUUCAAUGUAGAUAAGGUCAUAUCUAUUUGCUGGAAUAGAAUUGGACUUUAAUUGCUACAGGCUGUAGGCUUAAUAUUCCUUUGCACCUGCACUAGUAUUGUCAUUAUGUGAUCGCUGCUCCUCAGAUAAGGAUACACGGGCUGCAUGUGCAGGCAUCAGGUUUGUCUGCAGGAAGGUCAUCAGCAUUUGCUUGAAGAGAAAAAGGUGUUGCUGUGUUGCUAGAGCUGUUUGCACUUUCAUCUGAAACUUCAUCCCAAAUUUAUGGCUUUUUUUUUUUUUUUUUUUUUUGUAAAGCCGUCGUGUAGUGAGUAUUAAUUAAUUAAUCAAGGAUCCCUGACCAUUGUGACCAGAUCCUCUCAACCAUCUCGUGCAUGGGAAUCAGAAAAUGUGAAACUAGAAAAGCGGCAGUCCUACUCCACUGUGAGAAACUUGGGAGGGAAAAAAAGUAGUGACUCAGAUGAGUUCUGCACGGUAUGGUUCCCUCGCUCAUCAUCCCUUUGUUGCGGUUUGAUCAGCUUAGAAUCUGGUUUCCUUUUGCCUUGCUGACAUUUACACAUUAAUCCGGGGGCCUAACUGUUGGUAAGCGCAUCCUGUGAUAGGGUUGAUGAUUGGAAAAAGUAGGCUGAGUCAAAUCUCGUCUUCCAUUUUUCUCCUCCUUUUGACACAUUGACAUGGCUUACAAAAUCAGUGUAGUGGCGAAAAAUAUUUGGUGAUCACACAAAAUUGAUUGAUGGCACUUUGCCUGUACUACGUUGGAGUCUAUCCCUGAAAAGGAUAUUCUAUAUAAGGCGCUUUGAAGCAAAAAUAAUGUAAAGAACUCUAAUACCUGUCAUUAACUAGGCGAUUUGCAUUUGUAAGUAACUGCUAUACAUAUAAAAAUGACUUUGUUCAUUUGUUGCUAGGUAUAGAGGAUCAUUAUUUGAACGGAUCUCCUAAACUUCUCUUUGCCUUAUGGUUAAAGGUGAGAGGUGGUACAGGUUGCUUCUGUGGAUCUGAGCCAGAUACGUUCGCAGAUUGUUUUGGAGCUGGAGAGAACUGAGGGUCUGGUCUUUUUGUAGUGGCAUCUCUUCUUCUUCUUAUAAUAAUGCAUAAGGUAGCAUGGGCAGAGGCUUACAAUCCAUGAUGUAAAUGUUUUGUUUGUUGUGUUUUUUUUACAUGUUCAUAUUAAAAGACAAUAAAAUUUAAAUAAUAUUUUAUUAAGCCUUGAAUCGCCUCCAGUUGUUCCUAUAGGCAAACAGAAUAUAAGAAGCUGUUGAGGGCAGCGGCACCUGAAGCUGAUGCCACUGAGGACUGGGAGGACUGUUUAAAGUGUGGAUUAUGUCCUGUACCAAAUGCUCAGAUCUGGGGACACAUUUUGAUGCCUGUUGAGGAUAAAACUGUAAAAUUUAAAAUGAUCGUAUUCUAACAGCUGUUAUUGACGUGUGGAAUUAAUUAAAA